CAUCUUCAGCCAGAAUGUUGCCUUACACCUGCCUGAACUGGGUUCUCCUGGUGCUGCUCACAGGCUCCACAGUAUCAGAAUUAGCUGUGAUAGGAGAGGUUGGUCAGGACGUCACUGUGCCCUGCCGCUACAAUGUCCAGAGCAGCAAUGACAUCACAUCCAUGUGCUGGGGUCGGGACAGGUGCCCCAAUUCCAAGUGCUCCCAGCCCAUUAUCUGGACAGAUGGCUGGAGGGUGACAGAGCAGCACAGCAGCAGGUACCAGCUGAAAGGGCAGCUGUGGAGGGGGGACGUGUCCCUGACCAUCGUGAACGCCAGGGAAGCAGACUCUGGGUUCUACUGCUGCCGUGUGGAGAUCCCCGGGCUGUUCAACGACCAACUGAUUAAUCACAAGGUUGUGAUAAAGAAAGCAAGGAUCACUACUGCAAGUCCCCACACUUACACCUCUGAACAGACCUCAGCUCCUGGCAGCACCAGUGAAUCCUCCUUUGCUGUCACAAGGACCUGGCCAUUGGAUUCUGCUUCAGAAGCUCCUCAGACUGCCUCUGCUCCCUGCUCAGUCCCCUCAGACUGCUUGGAUGUGACUGCAAACCUGCAGAACACGUCUGUGCCACUUCCCAGUCAGCAGCACCCUGAGCACGGGCUGUACAUUGGGAUUGGCUCGUGUGCAGCCCUUCUGCUCAUCCUCAUCUUGGCUCUGUUCCUCUCUAAAGACUAUUUUUACAACACAAAGAAGAUGGGUGGUUCUGCAGGCUUUGUUGCAUUUUGGAGGCCACAAGGUGUGGGGAGCCAUAGUGCCCUGGAAGAUGAGAAUCAUGCAGAGGAAAAUGUUUAUAUCAUACACUAAGGACUGGAUGCAUGGCUGCCUUUGUCAAUGCUGGGACAUUAAAUAGUUUGCAAAAUGUUGGCUGCUCCCUCUGCUCAGCAGCUGAACAUGACUGCACUA